AACACUAACAGUCACACAGAGCAGGUUAUUCUGUUUUCUGUGCAUAUGAUUGACACAAACAUCAUUCGGUCGUGAGAGUCCCAUUGCUCCCCGCAUUUGCAGGUUAUCUUCAUUAUUAUUCUCUUUGGACAGUCGGCUCGAUAUUUCUGGAGCUGCCCUGCUUGCGUUUGGAGUGGCCACACUACAUGCCUGCUUUGAAAGGGAGGUGUGGCAUCGACGGUUGCGUGCGAGCGGCACUGUGUUCGCAGGAGCGGCUUGUGCUCCGUCACGCAGCUCGCCGUUCACGGCUCUAUUCCAGUGCUCAGCCGGUGGUGGUGUCGCAAUGAAGCUGAUCAUCUCCACGCCGAACGAGCGAGCCCAUUCCGAGCCGCUCAGUUGUGCCGUGUGGGCGUCUCAGAGCGAGUUCUACAGUGUCAGUGAUGACCAGAAUGUGUUGAAGUGGACGAUUCCAGACAACAAUGUACAGGACGCUACUGCUACCAAGUUAUUCACGUUACCCGACAAGGCGCUACCGACGUGCAUGAAGCAACAGCCUACGAGCGGCUCGGGUGGUCGACGCGGAGGAGGACCCGACACACUGGUCAUUGCCUGCAGUGAUGGCAAGGUUUAUUCAGUGUCUCGGUCUGGUCGAUUGGAGAAAGCUAUUGAAGCACAUCAAGGUGCUGUUCUCACGCUACGAUGGGUGGCUGACGGCACGGCUUUCGCUACAGCUGGUGAGGAUGGACAAGUAAAGAUUUGGUCACGAGCUGGCAUGUACCGCAACACGCUAGUUCAAAGUGGCAAUCCUGUGUAUGCCAUAGCAUGGAGCCCUGACGGAGAGUCGAUUAUCUAUACGGACGCUACCAUGCUGACUGUCAAGCCCAGACACGCUGGAUCCAAGAGCACACAGUGGAAAGCACACGAUGCUACGAUACUGUGUGUGGACUGGAGCCCCAUAAACAAUACUAUCAUUUCAGGCAGCGAGGACAGAACAAUCAGGUUGUGGGACUCCUUCGGUCGGCCUGUGUACAGCACCAAGGCACUGUUUCAGCAACACCCCAUUCUGGAAGUGGCCUGGUCACCGGACGGUGCAGUCUUUGCCGCAGGCUCCUACGACACCAUCCGUCUGUGCAACAAUGCCGGGUGGUCGGAGGCGCUCGAGAAGCCUAACUCUGGUGGUAUCUACAGCAUAGACUGGAGUCGUGACAGCACAGGGUUCGUGUGUGGAGCUGGGGACGGGCGUGUCGUCUGCGGAAAAGUCACCGACAAACGUUACCUGUGGCGGCACUUGGAGGCUACCGUCACGGCAGAGCGCUCCAUCGUUAUUCACGACACCAGCAACGAUGUGCGAGAGACUGUUGAGUUGAAUGCCAACAUAGCACGAGUCAGCGUCGGCUGGAAUCAUCUCGUCGUUGUGACUUCAACACCCAAUGUUGUCAUUUACAACUCCAAGAACUGGAACACACCCGCAAUGUUUGAACUGAAGGACGUCGCCGUGUCAAUCAUCAAACAGACCGAACGUCACUUCCUCUUGAUCAGUGGGGCCGGCAUGCAAGUCUACUCAUACGAUGGUCGUGUCCUUGCUACUCUCCGCACACAAGGUGUUCAAUGUGAGCUACUCACAGAGCAGACAGUCAGUAUUAGUUGUGACACUGUGGCACUGAGAGACAGGAAGAACGAGCAAGCGGUGUUCCUUUUUGACGCACUAAGCGGAAAGCCACUGAUGGACGGCCAUCCGUACAAACACCCGACUGAGAUCAGUGACAUCUUGCUAGACCAGUGCGGCCCGGCGCCCACACGCAACCUGGCCAUCUUGGACAGGAACCGGGAUGUCUAUCUGCUCCCCGUGCGACCAGCGCAACAGGCGCUGGCAAGCGCGAUCAAAAUCGCGUCCAUGGUGUCACAGAUGAUGUGGGACAACAAGGCCAACAUUCUGGCCACCAUCGAGGACGGUGCUAUUUGGUUCAACUGCAACCCGGCGGGUGCCUUCAUCGACCAGAGCCUGCUGUCCAUCACAAAACGUCUGCCGAAUAAUGAAGUUGCGAGGAACUCUACCAUCAUUGCGUUUUCGGGAAACAGAGCCACGCUGAGGCGUACCGAUGGAGCUAUCGUCCUGGCAUCCAUUGAUCCAUACCCAUCCUACGUACACAUGUACGCGCAGAGCGGCAAGUGGGAGGAUUGUCAACGGCUGUGUCGCUUCGUCGAUCGCAAGCACCUCUGGGCGUGCCUGGCGGCUAUGAGCCUGCAGAACAGAGACGUCAGCACGGCGAUUGCAGCGUAUGCCGCGCUAAGCAAUGCAUCCAAAGUCACGUACCUGGAGAAGAUUCGCAGCAUCCCGUCCAUCGAGGGACAGAACGGAGAGCUGGCACUGCUGUGCCAUCAACAGCAGCAGGCCGAGGCUAUCUUCCUGCAGGCUGGAUUAGUGUACCGCGCUAUUGACAUGCGUAUUCGCCUCUGCCACUGGGACCAGGCUCUGGACUUGGCAACGAAACACAAGACGCACGUCGACACCGUCGUGGCUCACCGUCAAAAGCACCUGCAGACUUUUGGUCGCAAGGAAACCAACAAACGCUUCCUGCAGUAUGGCCAGGGGAUGGAGAUCGAUUGGGAGAAGAUCAACACCAAGAUUGCUAUGGAGCUGGAGAAGGAGGAGAAACGACGGCAGUGAAAACAUUACUACACUGUGUGCGGUCUACCUUAGAUUUGUGUGCGCGCGUACGUGUGUGUGUGUGUCUGUGUCUGUGAGUGAGUGAGCGUGUGAACGUGUGUUCUCACUUAUGUACAGUGUGCACAUGCUUCUGCAAGUGACAUCAUCAAAGUAUAUCUAUUUUAUUACUCUCUUCAUUUCGUGACAAAAAUCAUUUCAACUUUUUUUCAUCUGUUUAAUCUGUUUUAGUAACGCCGAGAGCAGCAACAAGCGACCGACUCCGAGGCUAUUGGAGAGUAGGAUGUUGAUUUACUACUUAUCACCAAUAACUCCUAGAAACUGAGUGUCCAGUAAACCGUCGUUGUGGACUGCGAAGAAGCAAAUAACCGCAGAUGAAUGCGUUCGCAUGGCAAUGUCGAAAUGGGAAGGACCAGUGGGAUGCUUGCUAUCAUCCUCAUCCACAGUUCUGAAUUGAAAGAAAGAAUGCCGGUUAUCGGAGAACCUGA